GGACACGACACAGUUCCGACAACUACAUUUUCAGGAAGUUUUCGAAGAAAGGAGCAGUCGGUUUCGACUACACAACUUUGAGAACAUGCCGUCUCUACUCUUUACAUGUUUUCUUGUCCAGCUACUCAUCCACCUCGUCAACACUUUUGGUGCAGAUGCGAUCAAUAAUCUACUAUGGAAUCUCUACAAUAUGUUCCCAACGCCAACAUCGCAGUCCGCGGGCGAGCAAAAGAAAUUGAAGCGAGAAUUCAUGAAAGUUCGUCAUGAAAUGAAUGCUACGAGUAGUCAAGACGAAUUUGCCAAAUGGGCGAAGUUGCGCAGACAGCAUGACAAGUUAUUUGAUCAGUUAGAGAAAUCAAAAUCCUCCCUCGAUUCCACCAAAUCUACCUUCGAUUCCUCAGUCUCUACACUCCGUUGGUUGGGCACGAAUGGUCUACGCAUGUUAUUACAAUUCUGGUUCUCUAAGCAAGCUAUGUUUUGGUUGCCCAAAGGAUGGUUUCCUUAUUACGCGGAGUGGUUGUUGAGUUUCCCCAGAGCACCACUGGGAAGUAUCAGUAUACAAGCAUGGACACUUGCAUGCGCAGCUGUGAUUUUGUUGGUUAGUGAUGCUUUGGUCGCAGUGGUUGCGUUAGCUUUGGGAACACAAACUGGUGCAAAGGCGAAGAAGAUGGAGGAACCUAUGAAGGCUGGUGGGCAAGGUACAGAGAAGCCUGGCAAGAAAGAGUUGUGAAGUUUACAUCUCUUGAUACGUAGAUAUCUUUACGAACGCAAUGUUGUACGAAUAUUUUUACGUUUUUACGAAACACGAGAAUAUGAUAUAAAGAAUGUCUCUCAACAAUUAAGACGCAAAGAUCCUCA